UAAUGUAAUGAGAAAAAGCAGAGUAUCUAUAUAUAUGUAAUUCAUAACUCCAAAAUCCGUAUAGCCGACCAACUCACUGUGUAACAUUCUCUUUUCACCAUCCGAAUUCGAGCAACAACAAUUAAUUCCGAAUUCAACCGUUGCUUGUUUGAUUGCUAGAAUUCGGAAAAUAAAAGAAAAUGGUCCCUUUUGUUUUUUUCUUUUCUUGUUUCUCCUGAAAAUUGAAAUCUUCGCCAUCAAUUUCAUAUAUACGAGCUGAAAGCUGGCUGCUUUUCACUGGGUGAUGAAUUUCGCGACUAUUUCUUUAAUUUCUAGAUUUGUUUGUUGCUGCACCAACCCGGAGUUGAGAAGUCAAGCUCAUUCCCACCAAACGCCGUUGACGUAUUUCAACGACCAUGAUCUUUUCUCUCCUCCAAAUUCUCGCAAGUAGGAUUGUUUCCUCACGAGCUAAUUAAUGGAGUCCGCCGCCUCGCGCCCUGCUGUGGUAAUCGACAAUGGCACUGGGUAUACUAAAAUGGGAUUUGCCGGAAAUGUGGAGCCGUGCUUCAUAGUUCCGACUGUUGUUGCGUUAAACAACUCGUUCUUGAACCAGCCGCGGCCGAGUUCUAGCAAGAGCAACAAUUGGCUGGGGCAGCACAAUGCAGGGGUGAUGGCGGAUCUCGAUUUCUAUAUAGGAGAAGAGGCGUUGUCUAGAUCUAAAUCUAGCACCACUUACAAUUUGAGCUAUCCCAUUAAGCAAGGGAAGGUGGAUAAUUGGGAUUCAAUGGAGAGGUUCUGGCAGCACUGUAUAUUUAACUAUCUACGGUGCGAUCCAGAGGAUCACUACUUCUGCUUGACGGAGAGCGCCUUGACUGCACCGGAGAGUCGGGAGUACACCGGAGAGAUCAUGUUCGAGACAUUUAAUGUUCCGGGCCUCUAUAUCGCCGUGCAGCCUGUGCUUGCUUUGGCUGCUGGAUACACUACAUCCAAGUGUGAGAUGACAGGAGUUGUAGUGGACGUGGGAGAUGGGGCUACUCAUGUUGUGCCUGUUGCAGAUGGUUAUGUUAUUGGGAGCAGCAUUAAGUCCAUUCCAAUUUCAGGGAAAGACGUAACUCGUUUCAUCCAGCAGCUCAUGAGAGAAAGGGGGGAGCAUGUUCCACCCGAGGACUCCUUUGACGUAGCCCGGAGAGUGAAGGAAAUGUAUUGCUACACUUGUUCGGACAUUGUCAAGGAGUUCAAUAAGCAUGACAAAGAGCCUGCAAAAUACAUCAAGCAGUGGCGAGGUACCAAGCCAAAGACGGGGGCUCCGUAUUCUUGUGAUAUAGGCUACGAAAGGUUCCUCGGACCUGAGGUCUUCUUCAACCCGGAAAUCUACUCGAGUGAUUUUACCACCCCUCUGCCUGAUGUCAUCGAUAAAUGUAUUCAGUCCGCACCAAUAGAUACAAGAAGAUCAUUGUAUAAGAACGUUGUAUUAUCGGGAGGAUCAACCAUGUUCAAGGACUUCAACCGGAGGCUACAAAGAGAUAUAAAGAAGAUUGUUGAUGCCCGAGGUAUUGCAUCUGAUGCGAGGCUAGUGGGAGAAAUGAAGUCGCAGCCCGUGGAAGUAAAUGUCGUUAGCCACCCAAUCCAGAGAUACGCGGUUUGGUUUGGAGGCUCGGUGCUUGCAUCCACUCCUGAGUUUUUCACAGUAAGUUUUAUUUCCUCCGUGUCCUCUCGAAGCUUAAUAUCACUAUACCUAGCAUAUGUGGCAUCAACAUUAGUAUCUCGACAAAGGCUUCAACUUAUUGCAACGAAACUGUUCUCGUGAGAGGACAGAUGAGAAAAACUAGAAGACUUCAUAUCCCAUUCUGCUUGAACUACUCUUACCUCAUCAUUUAUUUCCCUAUUGAUGACUUUCAUCUCUUUAAACGCAACCUACGACGUUAAUUGAUCUCUUCCCCCUCACACAGGCUUGCCACACGAAGGCAGAGUACGAGGAAUGUGGAGCGAGCAUAUGCCGGACAAACCCAGUUUUCAAGGGAAUGUAUUGAUUCAUAUACAUGAAGAUCAUUCAAACUAGCAGAUUAUUCUUGUAGUUGUGAAGACAAUCAUUUUCCAGGUCAAAUUCGAAAAUAUAUCAUAAAGCCGCCAUCAUCAGCAGCAUUUCAUGUGAUUGCAGCAGUCCAAAUGCAGAUUCUUGUAUAAUUUAAAGAGGAAAAUCUCGUUGGAGACGAUGUCUUUCGUCUCCCACAAGCUUUCACCUCAGCAUCAUGCUGGCAAGAGAGAUGGAUACCGUAGAUAUAUAUCCUUGUAUAUCUCAUAAAACCUUUGUAUUCUUUUUUGUAUUUUUUAUUUUUGUAUUUUUCCUGUGUUUUUGUUGUAAUAUUCCUACAGAAGCAACAAAUGGUACUGACAAUUUUUGUAGUUUCCGAUUUGUUGUUUGUAUCAUAGUAAAGGUCCAAGGGAUUAAUUAU